GGCGAUUCCAUCACCUGAGGAAGGGGGAGGAGCUUAAUGAGACAGCCUGUAUAGGGGAAAAUAGGCCUCUGGGGUAACAGCUGUAGGAAGCCUGUGUGUGUGGGAAGAAGGGCAGCCUUGCUGUGAGAAAAUGAAUGACUUCCACCUUGAUUUUAGCCCGCUCAAAGAGCCCUUGGGUUUCAUCAAGCUUCUUGAAUGGCUCUUUUCUGUCUGUGUGUUUGCAACCUGCGGCAGAUAUGGAGGAGUAACUACAGUUCUAGUCUCCUGCGGAGAGCAUGUCAACAGAACAGUUACAGCUGCUUUUGCCUAUCCUUUCAGAUUGAAUGAAGUUAAGUUCACUUCUCCAGAUCCAACCCAAUGUGGCGGCACUUGGACUGACUUUUACCUUGUGGGAAACUUCUCUAUGGCGGCACAGUUCUUUGUAACAUGGGCUGUCUUAAUAUUCCUGUACAGCUUGGCAGCCCUUGUGCUGUACCUUGGUUAUAUGCACUUGUAUCAGAACCUUAGCACUAUUCCAAUGAUAGAUUAUAUCUUCACUCUCUGUGCUACUUUUCUGUGGCUAGUCAGCACUGCUGCCUGGGCAAAAGCCCUUGUGGAUAUCAAAGUGUCAACUGGAUCACUCAUUGUGGAUGAAAUGUCCCCUUGCAAAUUACCAGGCUCUUCCUGUAUAUUUGUUUCAGUUACAAGUAUGAGAAGUUUGAAUUUGUCUGUGGUAUUUGGUUUGAUCAACAUUUUCCUGUGGGGAGGAAAUGCUUGGUUCGUGUAUAAAGAGACAAGCCUGCAUAAGCCGAGUGGUAAUUCCCCAAACUCUGGGCUAUAUCCACCUGCAUCAGGAAUCUAA